AUGUGGGUUGGUAAAAAUUGGCUGCUCUUACUGUGGCCUGUUUUCGUUCUGUCAGAGAAAGCCAUUCCGUCUGUGUUCUUACCAGUUUUAUUUACUUUCGUACCAACCCAUUUUUUAUUCUUCCUUCUUUCUUUCUUACUUUCCUUCUUUCUUUCUUUAUAUCUCUCCUAUAUUAAAUGCUAUAACUGUCUAUCUCUCUGUUUAUAUCUAUCUAUCUAUCUAUCUAUCUAUCUAUCUAUCUAUCUAUCUAUCUAUCUCACUCUCUUCAUAUCAAUGUAUCUAUCUAUCUCAGCCUGUUUAUAUCUAUCUAUCUAUUUAUCUAUCUAUAUCAUUCUCUUCAUAUCUAUGUAUCUAUCUGUCUCAGCCUGUUUAUAUCUAUCUAUUUAUCUAUCUAUAUCAUUCUCUUCAUAUCUAUGUAUCUAUCUGUCUCAGCCUGUUUAUAUCUAUAUAUCUAUCUAUCUAUUUAUCUAUCUAUAUCUAUCUAUCUAUCUAUCUAUCUAUCUAUCUAUCUAUCUAUCUAGUUUCUUAUUUAUCUAUUUAAAUCUAUUCAUAUCCACCCUUCUUAUUAUAAACGUUAUAUCUAUCUAUCUAUCUAUCUAUCUAUCUAUCUAUCUAUCUAUCUAUCUAUCUAUCUCAUCUUGUUCAUAUCUAUCUACCUGUUCAUAUCUAUUCAUCUAUCUAUCUAUCUAUCUAUCUAUCUAUCUAUCUAUAUAUCUAUCUGGCUAUCUGUUUAUCUAUCUAUCUUGUUUCUUAUUUAUCUAUUUAAGUCUAUUCAUAUCUAUUCUUCUUAGUAUUAUUAGAAACGUUCUAUCUAUCUAUCGCACUCUGUUCAUAUCUAUCUAUCCCAUUCUUGUUGUGAAGAAAUGA